AUGGAUCAGUCAGAUGAACUGAUACGCAGGAUACUGGACGAGAGAUCGCUGGAAGCCCUCUGUACUCUGAAGCACAUAAAUAAGGAGAAGGGAGAAGGCCUGCAGAACAUGCUGGUGCAGCACUUCUAUGCCACAAGAAGGCCCAUAGUCUACGACGAGUACAUCGAGAUUGCUAAGAAGAUGGAGGAAAAAAGCUCGAGCCCUGUUGUCAACUUCAAAAGAAGAGGAAGUUUUUUCGACCUGGACGAUAUAUAG